AUGAUUGAAGAAGAACUGCCACUGUUCAACAUUCCCUCCACCUUUCCUUCUUCGACAGCCACCCCAAAUGAGGUCCGCACGUACCUAGGUCUGGUCCUCGCCAGCAAACACGACACAAACCCCGACUAUGCGAAUGAGAUAGCGAAUAAAUGGGUAUUGGGUCGUGGCUCUCACCUGCACAAAGCAACACGAGAUGACUUUAUAACAACAUUUGGCCGUGAGGUUGGAGGAUAUCUAUAUAGCAGCGUCCAGGAGGAUAUCUCGUCGAGUUGGUAUCAUCACCUUUAUUGCUUCUUUUCGCAUUGGGCGCCACCUGUUUGUACUGUCUUGGCUCUGAUCUUUCUGGCCAUGGCAUGUCUCUAUCCCGACCAGUAUAAAGAAUAUCUUCGGUAUGCAUCCUACUGUCUCGGGCCUCCGCUUUUUGCUUGUGCCUUUACUCGGGAGGGCGACCAGCGGGCUGCGAUGUGCUUAGGUGGGGGGGUCUGCACGUGUCUUAUGGUGGUACUUUUGUUGGUGUGA